AUGGCCUAUGACCGCUUUGUUGCCAUCUGCAGACCCCUGCACUAUGGGAUCAUCAUGGGCAGCAGAGCUUGUGUCAAAAUGGCAGCAGCUGCCUGGGGCACUGGUUUUCUCCAUGCUCUCCUGCACACUGCUAACACAUUUUCAAUACCACUCUGCCAAGGCAACACAGUGGACCAGUUCUUCUGUGAAAUCCCCCAGAUCCUCAAAAUCUCCUGUGCGGAUUCCUACCUCAGGGAAGUUGGCCUUCUUGUGGUUAGUGCAUGUUUAUUCUUUGGGUGCUUUGUUUUCAUUGUGGUGUCCUACAUGCAGAUCUUCACUGCUGUGCUGAGGAUCCCCUCUGAGCAGGGCCGGCACAAAGCCUUUUCCAUGUGCCUCCCACACCUGGCCGUGGUCUCCCUGUUUGUCAGCACUAACAUGUUUGCCUACCUGAAGCCCCCCUCCCUCUCCUCCCCAGCUCUGGAUCUGGUGGUGGCAGUUCUGUACUCGGUGGUGCCUCCACUGGAGCCAAGAAUUCACCCAAGGGCUUUCACCCUGAAAAGGACUGUUGCUUUCUGGGAGUUCUCCAUGGGCUUAAGGCGAUGA